UCAAUUUAUCUCAUGAGAUUUCUUUCGCCAAAGUAAUGAUCUCCACUAGUAUUCUCGUGACAUUCCUGUAUCUCGAAGUAGCAAAAAUCUUUAUAGCGCAAGAAACGUUUGCUCUUCAAACUCUUCAUAUUGGCGGCUUCUUUCCCUUCACUGGAUUGUCUAAUGGAAGCAAGAGCUCAAUGAAAGGCGAGUUUAUUCGGGCGGCCGUUUCCAUGGCCGUAGAAGAUGUGGAAAAACAAAAAGUCUUACCGAAUGGCUAUAGCUUACAGCUUCACGCAAAUGAUACAAAGGUAGGCGGUAUUCUCACACGAAUGUGUUAAGUCUAGCUAGAGAAAACACGGUGUUGGCUUCAAGUCCCGAAUGAAGGAUACCUUGAGUAAUAUUCACUUUGCAAAAUGGUGAAUAUCUUGGCAUAUAUCACAACAACAGAACGUAUUUAGAAUGAAUUUACUGUCUUGUAUACCUAAAAUAUAAACUCUGACUUUGAUCUGUGUCUUGGCCAAAGUCAACAAAGAUAGUAACACUUUGUGAUACAAAAUAUACAAAGCUUGUCAUUUUACAUUCAUAAAUGACAACAAAUUAGCUAUAUACUCGGAACCGUAUUAACACCACCGUAAAGUACCCUGGAUACGUCAUCGAUCAAGUUGAACUUUGAGAACAGACUUUUAAGUUUUCAAACAGAGUUAUAACUCCAAUAAUCCAAUAAUCUGCUUAGUGUCCAUAUCAUGCUCUAUUGUAAAUACUCCUGAAGGUUGCCAUUGUCUGAUUUCUAAGUUAAUUAAUUGUCUCUAUAAGCUCAGUUCUGAAAACCUAGCUAAUGUCUUCGAUGGAAAUAAGCUUAUUUUAAUUGCCUUAGCAAUGCUCUUACCGAUUUCGUGCCUAAGGUGCAACAUUCUCGCAGGGCGCAGAUAUCUAUUACCCCUUCCUGUAAACCAGUGACCUAGGUUGCUAUGGCCGCUAUCUCCCUCUGCGCCAACUGAACGAUUUCAUGCAGGAUAUGAAGACUUAGAACAACGUAAUUUGAUAUUAUCAACUGAGUUGAUAACGUAUAUUAGCCACCGUUAUGAGUUUUAAAGCUAACGUUUCGAGCGUUUGCCCUUCGUCCUUCGCUCUGACAAAGGGCUAACGUUCGAAACGUCGGCUCUGAAACUCCUAACGGUGGUUAAUUUAUGUUAUCAAUGCUAUUACAACUCAGUUGAUAAUACCAAAUUACCUUGUUAUAUUCUCCCACCGAAGCAGCACCACAGUUUUCUUUAGAAAUUUACUCCCUUUAUUAAAGCAUAUACUCCAAUUCGAUGUUUGUGCAAAGUUUCUAUGUUGGAUAAUACUCAUACACUGGUGUUGUGUUUACUGACCUUGAAAAUUUCCCCGGUCGGUGCAGAUUUUUAUGGUACUUAUCAGUAUUCCAUUGUAACUAACAAUGCAUAAAAAAAGAAGCUUCUUUCAGAUCACUUGUGAGAGAAAACGAAUUCAAGUACACCUGAUGGUUGUUUGCUUACUUUUCAGUCGAGUUUUAAAACCCACUGGGACAAAGGGUAAAUUGUACGUGAGUAACAGAAGGAAGGAACGGGGAAAUCCCCCCUCCCCUAAUAAUCAACUUGGAUGUCCCUUCUCGAUACAGGAUAAAAUUUCAUGAGCUUUAAAAGUAUUGAAUAGGAUAAGGAAAAUUUAAACAUAACCAAGGCUUUUGUUUUGUCUUUUCUUUAAUAAAAAAUCCUACUGCAACAUGCCUUCGCUCAAAAAUUUAAAUUCAGUUUUCCUCAACUUGUGGUUGUCUGAGAAACUAAAUAACUGUUCUGAUUACUGUUUUAUCAAUUUAGUGCAGAAUGGACCAUGCCUCUCGCGCUCUUUUUGAAAUGAUUAACAAAGAACCAACAAUGAUAGCUUUACUUGGAGCGGGGUGUUCUGCGGUGUCAGAGAGAAUUGCGGAGGACUCAAAGACCUGGAAUCUUAUCACGGUAAGUAUCUCUGCAACAGUUCUCAUAACGGCUGUCUGUGUUUUAUUGCGCGAACGUUGAUCGCGUUGUCAUCAACUUACGAGAGCUUUUAACAACAAUAGUCACUGAUGAUGUAGAUAGAAGUCGAAGCAUUGACUGUAUUUUUCUCUCUUAGUGCUUGUGUGACUGUUUUUGUUACUGUCACUGUUACUGUUAGUGUGACUGUUUUUGUUACUGUUACUGUUACUGUUGGCGUGACUGCUUUUGUCACUUCCACUGCUAGGAUUGGUGUGACUGUUUUUUCCACGGUCAAUCUGUUGUGACUGUUUUUGUCAGUGUCACAGUUGGCAUGAGUGGGUUUGUUCUUGCUCUCACUGUCGCUUUUGCUGUGUCACUGUCACUAUUGUUGUCAUUGUCACUCUUUGAGUAGCCUAUUUCAGGUGUUCAGUUAGUAAAAAGAGGUGUGAUAUGAUAUUCGGCGCGAUAGAAACGGGAAAGUGAAAAAACCAAGGAAGAUUUGAGUCGGAUGCGACCCGACCCAGCCCUCCCUCGUUCUCGCUCUGCCGCUAAUAUCGCGCUGUUUACUAUUUUGCUGAAACAGGCGACAUUUCAAGUCUUCCUGACUUAGUUCUGUCGACAUAAACGUCAAUUCCACUUUUAUAGUCACUGUAUGAGAGAGCUUUUUCCUUAAAAGAGAUUUUGAAAAAAUUUUCUGAAAUGGUUGAUCAGAGGUUAGAUUGACCUAAAAUCAACAAGAAUUUCAAAAUACUUUAAUCUAGGAACGUUUCGAAAGAAAGUAAAAAGUUAGGUCAAAAUACAGUGUUCAAUUUUCAAAGCGGUGUCGAAUUAUUAGGACUUCAAUUGACAGUAAACAAAACUGAUAAGAUUUUCAACGAUAAAAGAUUCUUUACGGUCGAUGAAAAUUGCCCUUGAGCCAACUAUGCCAUUUACGUCAUAAACAAAUACAGCUGAUACUGCCAACAAUCGUUUGAAAUUCUGAGCACGUACAAGCAAAAACUGCAGGGUUCAGCAAACGAAAGUUAAAUCGAUGAUUUGCACAUGAAAAGUUUUUUUCUCUCCGCUAUUUCCUUUCGUAGUUUUUUGUGUUUGGCUUUUGUUGAAAUGUUUUUCUAGACGCGAUCUAAUAUUGCAAUCAGGCCAGCUUAAAACCUUGUUAUGCUCGCUGUUUAUUUGCGUAAGUGAACGUAGAUCGGAGGCUAGUUUCGAGUUGCAACAUAAUUUGCGUACAAACUUAACAUAAUUUGCACACUCUUAGCUUGAGAGCUGUUAAGGGAACUAACGAGGAAAUUGCUUACUUUUUCACUGUGACAACUUAGAGUACACCUUUGUGACCAUAUUUGCAAGUGUUCUCUGACAUAAAGGUUUCUACAGUAGAUAAAAGACGCUUGCUGGGCGCCAAAACAUUUUUCAAAAUGUGAUUGCUUCCUAAUGAAAAAAUAAUCAUCACUAAUCUUGUUGAGCAGAUCGCCAUAUAAUACUUAGACGAAAUGUUAGCGAUAGCUGAUUAAGAAAUUUGCAUAGAUACCCGACAGUAAUUUUUAUCUGUUUGAGCGCCGAAGUGCCAAUAUGCCAAAAUGCAUCUUACCAAUUCAUUGUUUAUCAGACUGCUUUCAUCGUCGUAAUUAGAUUCGUGGUAGAGUGGCAACAAACGUGAGUCUAUUUCGCUGUUUUUUUCUUUUUUUCUGGAGUGAUAAUUGUCAAGAGCAGGUGUUAAGUUCAUUCAAGAAAAAACAAAAGGAAUCCAUGGGAUUAGGCUUAGUAACGAAAUUAAAGGGGAUUACUGUAAUUUCUUCGCUAACUUUUGUUCAUUUCGGGGUUAGAUAAAAAUGUUCAGAUUUUGUCAAGCACUGCCAUAAAAUAUACCUCGUUGACACAUGUUUAUCCAGAAAAAAUCGAGUCAACUCAGAGAAGUAACCUGUUUGUCUCAGCAGAUUGCGUUACAACUCAGUUCACGUGUUUUUGAGGCGGAAAUGAGUUUGCACCAAUCAGAGAUUUAAAUUCUUGGAAACAUUUAUUUCCUAGCUGCCUAAAAGGUUUACCAAGCAAAUAAUUUUGAAAUACGACAUGAAGUGUCCGAAUUGAUUUGCUCGCAUGUCAAAUUUUCAAACACGAAGACUGAGUGGUGUCAGAACCGAGUAAUACUCCCUGACGACUAUUUGCAUAGACCAAUUCGAUCACUGAAAUACGAGACAUCAUCUGUGGUGACUGCAUUCAAGGAAAGAAGGAAUCUGAGCCAAAAUGGACAAUUCAAGCACGCCGACUUCUUUGCCAUUGACAGCGUGUUACCAUCUUCGCCCGUUGGUGAUUAAUACCGUGCGUUAUGAACCAGACAACAAAACGACUUCUGUGACCGUAUUUACUUGUGUAUUUAUGGCAUUGGCAUGUCCCUGUGCAAUUGUUGCAAAUGUCAUGGUGUUCCUUGGCGUUUUAAGAAAACCGGAGUUACGAAACGUUUACAAUACUUCAAUUUUGUUCCUCGCUACCUCGGAUUUGGUAACAGGGUUGGUAACGCAUCCUUCGUUCAUUGCAUAUCAUGGAAGCAAGUUGACAACUCCCAUGCAAGAUUUCUCCUGUAUCGCUUUGGUCAUGUAUACGUACACAAAUUUUAUGUUCACUGGCCUGUCUGUGAUAACAAUAAUUCUUAUCACAUUAGAAAGAUAUCUCGCCAUAUUUCACCCUUAUAAAUAUCAAGCCUUCGUUACAAAGCGUCGCAUCGCUAUAACAAUUUCCCUCGUUUGGGUCGUAUGGGUCGCGUUUAUAACCUUUGUGCGAUUUUCUCCGGAAGCGCGCUCGGGUACACUUGGUGUUAUAGCUGCAAUCCUCCUUAUUCCAUGUAUUUUACUAACAGUUUUUGUGUACUGUAAAGUUUACUGCCUGACUCGACGGAUUCGUGUAUCAAUAGGCCAUGAGUUGACAACGCAAAGAAAUACCGCAGACAUUCAAGAGACGAAGUCGUCAAGGACAGUUGCUUACUUAGCUGGCGCAGUUGUAAUUUGUUUCUUGCCGACAAUUGCGGUCGUAAUAAUUCAGGAAUCAAAAGCAAUUGAUGCGAAUUAUUUCUUUCACUUGCUGUAUCCGCUCACUGAAUCGGCCGUCCUGCUAACGCCCGUGUUCGAUCCCAUUAUUUACGUGCUCCGAAGUAGCAAAUUAAAAGCUAGUCUGCGCGAGUUGAUACGCGAUCGAGUGCUAUAUACACAGUCGGCCAGCAGAACAAGAGCGACAACAGGGCCAACUGUAUCAACGGGAUUAGAAAUGGAGAUGACAGCACAGUCAUAAGUCAUGACGCGAUAUAUGUUUAAUCAGGGACACAAAAUGUUUUUUAAAGCAAGAGGAGAAGUGUAUGUUAUUUUACUUCCUUGGAGUGUUUCUGUACGGAGGGAAAUCAGAAAGUGAGAUUGGUUGAGGUUAACAGUCGCGCCAUGCAGAACUUUGUAACAAAUUAACUAAAUUAAAAAGUUCUUGUAAUGUCAAAUUGAACUAGAGCACCGCUCUGGCGAAAUAUUUAAACUACUGCGCUAUGCGGCAGUUUUACGCAGAUUUGGAGAAUUGCUUUGAUCGUCAAAUGCUUACGAUCUAAGCUUUCAUCUACUUUUAAUUUCAAACUAUCUACACUCAUUUCUUUAUGCAGAAUGUCAGCUGAAAUGUUGCAUCAUUCCUCAAUUUAAAUUCCGAGGUGGUGAAAGCGCUUACAUUAAUGAUUUAAGAGUAGGUCAAAGUUUAACCUUUAAAACGAAAUCAACUUCAUCGAAAAAAUUGCUCAGUUGUUAUGGUAAAUCGUUCUUGUUUGCAUGCCGUGUCGUUUUAAUAUUUCAUUUCUUUUGCACUCUGGAAGGUAUUAAUUUCGGUUAACGACUGCCUUGUAAAAUAUAAUUUGUGCUUCAGUUCGAUGCCUUUGUUUACUCAUCAUUCUAAAAUUUAGAGGAAAGAUUUCCACCAGAGAGUAGAAAUAUGUCUGGGAACAAAAUGAAUUAAAUAACAAGUUAAAUAAACUAGGGACGCCUAAAAUACACAAGCAUUGUUUAUACGAUUAUUUUACGCAAUUUAUUGAUUCAAAAUAGUUUGACUUCGUCUGGAUGAAGAAAUCUGAUGCUUCGUUCUCUGAUUUUGAGUUUUUCAUUUUGCAAAUAGCUGCCUUGCCUUUCAAACUGCUCAUAACAGAUUAAGAGAUCCCGAUAGUAAUCACAUGAAAAAAUUACUAAGCUUAUCAGGGAAGAUGAUCAUGUAGGUGGCAAUUUAUUACUCAAGCUUCGCCUAAACAACUUGUAUUACCUAUUAAUUUUAACAAUGCCUGGUCGUUCAAGGAUUGUGAUUAAGUCAGCACGAACCCAGCAACAAUGGUUUUAAUCAACGUUUUUGACUUUCAUUCAAUUUAUUUUACAACUUCCAUGUACAUAGGCCAGUUUCGCUCAAAUUUUUGCAAUUACAAAAUGACAGUGUCGUUGUUACGGGCGAAACGCUAUGGCUGUCUCAUUCACUCGCGUGAAUGAUCCUUUCGACAGGAUUCACAAUCUAAUAUUAUCAUUUGAAAAAUCCCGUGAAAAGUUUAGGAUUCAAGAAUCGGAGAUGUAAUGAAUCGGAGCUGAUAUCAAGCUGGCAUCUUUUAGGAGGCGCUUUCGAUUCGUUUGAGAGUUUUCGGAAGUGAAAUAGACAAACGAGCUGAGACGUGCGUUUUAUGUCCUUUAAUAAGAGUAUAAUGAAAAUGAUUAAAAUAAUUUGACACUAACUUGCUGUUAUUUUACGCCUUUCCGGAAGGUGGGAAGCCUAAUAGGUAGUUACUAGUUAAAGUAUUAUUUGAGAAAAUAGACAAAACUUUUCACGAAAUCAGAAUGAAAGCUUAAAAAAAGGAAGCCGAUAUAAACACGUGGUAAGAGGGAAAAGAAGGUGAGGCAAUCAGACUUUGUCUAGUACAUGAUUGGGAAGAACAAGACAAGAGGCAAAAACAAAAACAAAAACAAAAACAAAAUCAAUUUAGUUUAUUUCUUAGCAAGUGCCUGCUGAAAUAAAUUUAAAUAUUUAUUGAUGCAAGCAUGAAUUGAAUGAGUUAGAUCCCACAUUUAGCUGUGAGUGUUUGCCUUGAGCUCCUGCCUGCUGUCGCACAUUAUUGGGGAAAAUAUUGGCAGUCUGUUUUAUUUUGCCAAGGUCGAAUGAAAAGUUGUCAUCAAUAUGGACCAUGGAUCAAGGUGUUAAGACCAAUCAAGCAGUUACUAUUAUUGAAAAAGAAACUGAUUGCAUCAGAGGAAAUUCCUUAAAUCAUGAAAAAAACUUAUAAUUUGAUGUUGAUGUUAUUUAAAAAGGUGGUUAACUGAGUCAAGCUGAUUGGCAGCGCUAGCAGCUGCUGUAAUUCAAUCUUUCUCAGAAGAAAAUUUUUUACUUCAUCUUUAUUCCGCAACCUGAGCGAAAAUCUUCAGCAGAUCCCAUUUGACUUUGACCAAGAUUCAAUCACCGACGGCAGUUCUUCUCAGGAAUACUCUCGCCCGAACAAUCAGACCACACAGUCAACUGCUACAUCUGCUUCCAAACCGUUUCCUGUAUGAAAGUUCUUAUAAACUAUGCCUUACCCUCUUGAUACACAGGUAUCCUAUGGAUCAACGUCUCCAACCUUAUCAAAGAAACAGAAAUAUCCUUUGUUCUUUCGAACAAUACCAUCUGACGCUGCGUGUAAUAAGGCUCGUGUGGCCCUUCUAAGAGAAUUCAACUGGUUAAAAGUUGGACUGAUAGGGCAGAAUGAUAUUAUUAACUCUGAGGUGAGACAAUUUCUUCUUGCGCCCGCAAGAAAUGGGGCCAACGGGAAACUGGGCAAAGCCAAGACCAUUCAAAAAUUUUUUUCAUGGUAUAAACAAAAAAGUGACCCACGAGGCGCAGCUAAGGGUCUCACUGAUAUUCUUACCAUAUUUUGACGUCAGAUCCAUGGCAACAUUAAAAUAGAAGCUGUUUGCUUUAUGUUACAAAAAAGCGAAAGGUUGUUAAUAGUGACGUUAUCCAUGUGUCUAACCUCCAAAAGAUCAUCAAUCGAAACCAGUCAAAAAACGUGUAAGAUUCAGCUGAUCACAUAAUCUGUGUUACUCAUUUUUGAAUUUUUACAGCAAAUUUCUUCUACACAGGAAUAUUAGCCAAUUUUGCCGCGUGAUGGUCCAGAAAAGAAAUGUUUGUCGGCGACAGUGAAUGACGUUUUGAAAACCUGAGCGUAAGUCAUAAAAAUACUCUUAAGAUGACAUUCGGUUGCAUGGAUGGAAAUCAGCAGACUUGACUCAAAUGAUGAAUUCCGCCUAGGGUGUCGAAACGUCAUUCAUGAGUCUCCGAGAUAAAGGUCAUCUUUAGAAAGACUCUUAACCUGACGAACCGAUUACUUAAACAUUUUUCCUAGACUACUGCUGACCUACAAGAAGAACUGGCCAACGCAGAUAUUCAGAUCCUUACCUCAGAGACCUUUGUGGAUGAUCCCACUGCCCAAGUGAAGAGCUUAUCGGUAAAAGGCAACUAACCGUUGUUAAACAUAAGUCUAAAAUUUCACGAGGACGUAUAUAUGUGUUGUACUGGGAAGACUUCUAGCUAAGCUCCUAAUUUUCGUUUUGUUGGUGAUCCAUCUAGGAGAAAGAAGCCAGAAUAAUUCUUGGAAAUUUUGAUGAGAAAAGUGCAAGAAAGGUUUUAUGCCAGGUAACUCGUUCACAGAAGCCUUAUAAUCCUCAUUUCUCUUCCCGUCAUCAAUUUUCCUCAUUUCGUAAUCUGAGUUCUAGAUAAAUCACUGUCCUUUAGAAGUUUAAGGAAUACAUCUCGAAUACAUAAAGACGCUGCUAUUUAGAAUCUAGCUUAGCACCUGACCACGCUACUAGCUUACCUUUGAACGUAAUAGAUUCUCACUCCUUUCCUAUUUUUGCCUUCAUCUUUGAGUGUUUUUGUAAGAAAUUAGGAGCUACGAAAAGGCUAUCUACUCACAAGUUACAGCAACUUCUGUUUGUGAUUCGUUCAUUCGGUUUUGCAUAUGCAGCCAGGUUACUAAGUUGUUUUCAAAAUGGCGACUUCCAUGGUCGAAUUCAUAGCCCUUUUCAGGCCAAUUUUUGAACAGUUAGGUUACUCUAAAAAGUCUCAUCAAACUACAGUGUAGCAAAAUUUUACAUGGAGAAUAUUUCUUUUUCUAAAGUCCCGUGUCAUGAAAUUCUAAGUCUUAAUAUCAAUCACGAAAAUGAUCUUCAGAAUGACACGGUCAUAAAGUCGGUAGGCACCAUGGGGAUAAAAACAAACCAUUAAGUUUUUCAUGAUAAUAACUGAAGUUUUUUUUUCUUAAAGUCUACCUGUUAACUCCCUCAGGCGUUUCAAAACGAGAUGUAUGGUGCUCGCUAUGCUUGGCUUAUACCAGGCUGGUUUAGUGAGAACUGGUGGAAGAAACAUUUAGACGAAGAGUCCAUAGGAUGUACCGUAGAACAGAUGAGUAAAGCUGUUAAUGGAUACAUCUCCUGCGACAACUUAAAGAUCAAUCCAGACAACACCACUACAGUAUCUGGACAAGUAUCGAAAUUAAUUUCAGCUUUAUUUUACGAUAUAUUUUUUUAUGUUUCGCCACAUGUAAACCUGAGAUGGACUAAAAUUCCGUUCGGCAAAGCCAUGGCAAAACAACAUUGACGGGGGGGGGGGGUGGGAGUGCACAAAGAAGUGCACGAGUGCCGCUGGUCGUAAAGAUAGGCGAAUCAGUAAAAUUCAAGCUAUCUGCUUACCACUUUACAGAGAGAAAAAGGGAAGACUUAAAAAAUCUUGCUUGAAUAUUGUUUGGGAGGUGACUACCCCUUUGCCCCUCCAUUUGCUGCGAUCUUGUUCCGGGGAUGUUGUAAUAAUCUUUGUUUCAUCCGUCAUGUCAUAAGGCGUAAGGCUGAUCAUGACUCAACCAUGUUUAAUUUGUUCUUAGUCUCCUGGGCAGCUAAGUUCUCGGUACCAAAACAUCACUGAGAAGGAAUUGUCGAAGACUGAUGGUGGAUUUGCAUACGACGCGGUUUGGGCCAUCGCAUUGGCUCUGAAUAUGACCGAGGAACAUCUCAGAAGAUUAAAUCCUUCCCAGUCCAUAGUCAAUUUCACUUAUGUUAAUGAAGAUAUCAUGAAGCAGUUCAAGAGUUAUUUGAAUAAAACCCAAUUCCAAGGUGUCACAGUAAGUACAAAACAUUCUUGAAUAUUUUUUUACUCUCUCGGAGUUCCAUAAUGGACAGGUGCACCAAGUUUUGGAGGAAAAUAGAAAUCCCUGGGGGAGAUUUUUGUCAUCCUCGUCAAUCCAAAAGGCAACAUUUAACCCUUCAUGUUGUAUUCAUUUCAAGGGACCGGUGCAAUUUACAUCCAAAGGAGAUCGCAUGGGUUACAUGAAGAUUGAGCAGUUACAAGGUUAGAGAGAGAAUCAAAGCAAUAACAUUUCCUUUAAUAUUCUAUGUGAUCGUAUGUAAUUACUUAAUAGAUAUACAGCCAAUAGAGUGCAUGACAGUAUGCAACGAUAAUAAGGUUCAAAACCAACCUCCUCUAUACUAACAACCAAGAAACACGAUAAAGUGAUUGUUUUCGCACCAAUUUCCUUGCGCACGAGGCACAUGUCUGGCCAGGGCUGGUACGUUGCUUUGAGUGACCUGCCAUUAGCGCGUUUUCCGUGAAGAAGACCUGUAGGAAACAAAUUCAGGUCGCAAACAGUUGUUCUAAUAAAUUAUGCUAACACUAUCGAAAGUAUUGAGAUCUUUGUUCACACAUCUCAUAUGCUAACGAGGUAGAGAAGUUGUGUCAGCUCUCGUAUAAAGGAACUCAGUGGCUAGACCUUAACUGAGGUUCUGUUAUCAAAUAAAUAUUUUAAUUUUUGUUCCUAAGACUGGAAGGAAAGUACUGUCUCUUUAUAUCUGCAACAAAAUGAUAGCAUCCUCGACGUCCCUGCAUCUAGAUUUAUCUGGCAAGGUAGGUUAAUUAAAGGUGGAGAUUAUGAUGACGAUGACAAUAAAAACGACGAUGAUAAUGGGGAUUAUUUUACAUUAGACUUACUUUAAAAACUCCAAUUGGUCGAGAGUAUUCAGUCAAUAUAGAAUAGCAUGUGACGAUGACAUAGAUACUAAUAACAACGAUGACAAAGAUUACGACAUGACGACGAUGAUACUAAUGAUAACGAUGACGAUGAUAAAGAUUACAACAUGACGAUGACGAUGAUACUAAUGAUAACGAUGACAAUAACAAUGAUUACGACAUGUCGAUGACGAUGAUAGUAAUGGUAACGAUGACGAUGACAAAGAUUACGACAUUACGAUGACAAUGACACUAAUGAUAACGAUGACGAUGACAAAGAUUACGACAUGACGAUGACGAUGAUACUAAUGAUAACGAUGGCGAUGACAAAGAUUACGACAUGACGAUGACGAUGAUGCUUAUGACAACGAUAAUGAUGACAAAGAUUAAGACAUGACGAUGAAGAUGAUACAAAUGAUAACGAUGGCGAUCAUGAUUAUGAUUUUGAUUUUGACAACGAUGACGAUAAUGGUGAGGAUCACGAUCAUGUAUGUACUCGUUUAAUGCUUUAUUUACGAAAUCAGGUGUUGUUGUUUAUGUUUCCAAGGAACUGGUCCACCAUCUGAUAGUGCCAGGCUCGUAUGUAAGUUGAUGACCAUAUCGCCUGAGCUGUAUGGAUUUGUGUGUGCAAUCACUGUUCUUUGUAUUAUCCUGGCAGUUUGCUUCCUGGGUUUUAACAUCAAACUUCGGAAUUACAGGUAACUCGAAGAUUUUUCUCCUCUUAGCAGACGCAAAUUCACUUAGAAGAUUUCCAACUCGUCAGUUCCUUACCUCUGCAUUCAAUUUUUAUUAAAAGGUACAUUCAGAUGUCAAGCCCUCGUCUUAAUAACGCCAUUGUUAUAGGAUGUAUCGCUAUGUAUCUAUCAGUAUUUAUGUUUGGAUUGGAUGGUAACCUGAUAUCACCUGAUCGAUAUUCUAGUAAUUGCCAGGUAAGAUUCAAACAUUAUUAUUAUCAACCGUUGUCUUUUAAAAUUAAUGGUCUUCAAAUUGUAAUCCGUAAGUAAUUACUCAGAGCAGUUUUAAAUUGAGUGUUAACCCUUUGGCCCCUAAGAGUGACUAGAAUCUAAUUUCUCAUUACAAUAUCACUCCUGAAUCACACAUUAAGGUCAUAAAGAAUAAAACAAAUAAUCACCAGCUAAAGAGGCUCUUGAUUAUUGAACAAAUUCUCUUUGUCAGCACAUUAGGAAAUGUAGAGAGAACAGCGUGGAGAAAACGGAGACUCGUGUUAGGGUGUAGAGGGUUAAAAAGUGAAGUCUUUACGACUACCAAUCAGAAAAAAGGUUGACGUCAUCAUUAACCAAUGAGAACUCAAAGUAAAAAUAGGCAACUUGUUGAAGCGCGGGAAAACGCAAGUGACCAAAUCGCGAUUGGCUUUAGUUUUGCAUUUGAUUGGCUGAUAUGGUGGCACGAGUUUCCUCGACCAAUCACUAAGCAAAGAAAAAUAAAAACCCGUAUAAAACCGGGAUCGCUUUCAAUACUGAAUCAAAAACUCGAUUCAUCUUUCUGCUUUAGGCAAGAAUAUGGCUGACUUCACUUGGUUUCACCACCGCAUUUGGCGCCAUGUUUGCCAAAUUAUGGAGAGUUUACGUCAUAUUCACCAACCGUAAAUUAAGGAAAAAGGUAAGGGAACCAUUUUUUCCCCUUUCCUACAGGUAUUGUUUUUUUGUCUCGUCAGUUGUAUUUCUUCGGCAAACCAGCAGCGUGGCAAAACAUUUCUAAUGGUUGCACCUCCUUCCGAAAUUAACUUCUCCUACCUCCUUUCUUUUGCAAGAGUCUCUUGUGAAGACAGACCGAGAUAGAGCAUUAACCAGAUGACUGUUCACAUAUGAAAUCAAAAUUACCCUAUUCACUCGAGUACCCGCUGCAGCGGAAACACUUGAUAUUUAAUUAACGCCGUAGAGUUUAAUCGAGUACAUACAGUAACCACGAGGAAAUACAUGUUCUAUUCAUUGAUUUAUUUAUCUAUUGAUUGGUCAGUCGACUGAGUAACUGAGUAAUUGACUGCAGAGCUGAUUGAUUGAUUGAUUGAUUGAUUGAUCGACUGACUAUUUGAUUGAUAGGUUAUCAAAGAUGGAAAACUUUUCAUGUUUGUUGGUGCUCUGCUGAUGGUCGAUGUUUUAACCCUCAGCGUUUGGAGUGGAGUGGACCAUCUGACAAGAAGGCUACAAAAUGGCACCAUCGAGGUAAGGUGGAAAAGGUUUGGUUAUCUUCCCCUUGAUUUCUGCCCUAUCAUUAAGCUAAUUGUAGUCCAGACGGUCUGUAUCCCAGCUUGUAAGGAAUUCUUAUGCCAGACGAAACCAAUCAACUUCAUUCAGUUUAUGAUCCAUGGUAAUUAUGGUCCAGGAGGUCCGGACUUCCCCUCCCCCCAUUCCCCUAUAAGACUUGUGGGGUGUUUUUUUUAAAAAUUGUUUUGCUUGUUGUCUGACAACAAAUUCUCGCAACGUCAGGAUCUUAUGUUACAACUCAAACUUACUUAGGCUCUGGUGUAAAAAGAUUUCCUUUGUUUUCUGAAUCAAAGCCGGGAAGAUUACUAUGAAAAAUUCCUGGUUCCCCCUUUUAAACUUUUGCUUUAACUCUUUUGUAGCAUGGAAUAGAGUAUGACACAUUGCCUCAGUGGGAAUACUGUGACUGCCAGCACAAGGCAAUAUGGUUUGGUGUUUUAUUUGCCACUAAAGGCCUGCUACUUUUGUUUGGAGUGUUCCUCGCGUGGGAGACUCGACACGUGAAAAUUCUCGCCCUAAACGACUCGCGCUAUGUUGGAAUGUCUGUGUACAACGUUGUCAUCUUGAGCGUGGUUGGUGUCCCUGCUGCAUUGAUGAUCGAGCAAGCGCAGGAUGCUUCUUUCGCCCUCACGGCGUUCUUCGUUAUCUUCUCAACCACAGUGACGUUGUGCUUAGUAUUUGUUCCAAAGGUGAGGGAUGGUAUAGGUUGCUCCAUUAGAGUUUCAAACAUUUCGGGCUGGCUUUCAUGAUGACAUAAGCUUAAACACCAACCCUCUAUUGCGCAGGCGCAGUAUCAGUGAAACCACAUUCUAGCCUAAGGGUCUAGUUCUUUUUUAUCAGCGGUAUGGAAACGAGGAUCGUCCAACGGACUGUUCGACAGACGAAGACCCUCCUCGUUUUUUGCACCUUGAACAAGAAUAGCACUGUUAAGGUUGCGUUGGUGCCUUUUAUACGGCUUCUCUAUUCACGGAGCAAAUAAUCUAAUUGGUCUAUUAAUUUUCUCGUUCCUCUCUCGGCUUUAAAGUUCAUAGCAGUGAAACGAAAUCCGAAUGUUUUGGACACAAGUGGUGCAACGAACACAUCCGCGAGUCAGAGCAGCGGUGAGUCAUCAACCUCACAAGAUAAAGGAAUAAAAGGGGCCAAGUUCAUCGCCUUAGCUGCCGAGAAUUCCAACCUCAAGACCCUGAUAGCUGAGGUAAGACAUAUCUGGGCCUCUCUGGUAAAUGAACUAAUGGCCUAAAAGUGAUUUAACUUUUUAAGGUCAUUGAACGUUGGGGAUCAUAGCCAGUCACUGCUUGGGAGAAGAUCCCACUCUCCUCGCCAGAAGAGGAACGAAAACCAGACUAGAGACCGAGUCUUGCCGAGCGCACGGGGAAGGUCAUAAAAGCUUUCAUCGAGGAGGCUCUGCUCGAAGGGUCACCUCCCCUACAUACCUCAUAAACUAGUAUUGAAAAAACUCUUGCUCUUUCUUAUACUUUCCAAGGAGUGACGAUAUUCCUUGAGUAAAUAACCAAUUAAAUGCAUUUGUCUCCGAUAAUUAAAUUAUAGACCAUUUUAGAUACUUAAGUGACAGACUUCCUAUAAUCUCACAAAUCCACCUCCUAUGUUAGUGAAUUCUCGAAAAGAGUUAUUCGUUUUGGGCGGACCCUAUUUCUAUUGGUCAUUCUACGAAGUCCUUUGGUCCCCCUUACUGAGGGAUCUUUAGCAUGUUGUUAAUUGGAAUAUUUUGAGUCUCCAUGAGUUAUUUGUCACAAAUAUUUUAGAAAGAAGAGGAGAUAUCUCAACUAGAGAUCCGUUUGAGAAGACGAGGGGUAACAAUGACAGAGCUACGGAGAAUAUCAAUGGCUGCACGACAUUCGGAUGCUAUACCAGAGUCGACUCCCACUUUGCUCAUCAGAGGUGAUAGGUACGCAAUAAUAUAUCUAAGCGAUCUGAAUGAAGCCAACAGACGUCUCGAACAUUAUCAAGACUUGAAUGAAAGUGAUCCUCGCAGUAAUGUGCACUACUUAGGCAGUAGUGAAAAUAAGGCCUGAAAAAAAUUCAGGCCUGUACGGGAUUUGAACCCAUGACCUCUGCGAUACCGGUGCAGCGCUCUACCAACUAAGCUAACAAGCCAACUGGGAGCUAGGCAUGAUGUUGGUUCUAAAUAAACCCGUGAAGUGAUGAAUAAACGGUUAAGAAUAUAUGAAAGUCAUAUAUUUGAACCGCGGAUAUAGACGUGAAUGAAAGUGAUCCUCGCAGUAAUGUGCACUACUUAGGCUUGUUAGCUCAGUUGGUAGAGCGCUGCACCGGUAUCGCAGAGGUCAUGGGUUCAAAUCCCGUACAGGCCUGAAUUUUUUUCAGACCUUAUUUUCACUAAGUAGUGCACAUUACUGCGAGGAUCACUUUCAUUCACGUCUUUAUCCGCAGUUCAAAUAUAUGACUUUCAUAUAUUCUUAACCAUUAUCAAGACUGUAGGGGGUUUUUAUUCACUACGCUCUUUAAUGAGUGAAGAAAUCAGGUGCCACUUUUUCAACCAAUCAAAUGCAGAACUCUUCUAUCGUGUAGAAAUUUUGCGUGGUACCACUUUAAUGUUUAACUAAAAAUCUUUUAUAUUGUUUCUGCAGGGACGACGGUGGAAGUUUUCAUAUUGAUAAAGCACAGAGCACGGAUGAUGUAUCCGACUCUAAAUCUGCAGGUAGGAAGGUCACACGCAAAACGUUUCAUUUCAUUUCCGUUUCCUUUCCUGGAAACCGAACAAUUUUCGUCAUCGUUUUUUUGCAAUAUAAUCAGGAGUUAGGAAAAUCACGUGGUUCUUAGAAUCCGCUAGAUCUCUUCUUAUCAAGCAUGAGCGCGGAGAUCCAUAGUACUGCUCAUGUUAUAUUCUAGAAGAGUACCAACUGAAUGUUGAAAGUUUGUAUGCUUCGCUAUGAACUCCGGGAAUUCCUCUUCGGACAAUUAUGGCGUCCACAUGAUCAAGGUUCAUUAGGCCUCUAUGAAAUCGUUUAUCAAUUUUGUGCAUCGUGUCUCAAAAACAAGGUAUCUUUGUCAUCAGUGUGAACUUUUUUAAUCAUAUAAUUUCCACAUGUGUCAUGUCUCUAUGCAUCAACUUAUCACUGUUGGGGCAAUUUUCAAUUGAAUUUUUAAAGUAAUUCUGGAUUGCUUUUGUUUUUCUUCACUUCACAAUGUAAUUGGCUCAGAAAACUCACGCCAACCUUUCAUGCAACCAAUUAGAUUCAAACCUAAAUCAAUCGGGACUUGGUUACCCGCAUUUUCCCUCGCUUUAAACGGUUUGUUUUUCUUCGGCUUUUUAAAAUAUUUUCCUUUGCUCAAUACUCAAUUGAAAUGCGCUCUAUUUCAGAUAAACCUGGCCAGGAACCAUUUUCACCGAAAAAACGAUAUUCCCCAUCGUCUUCCUAUGUCGACCAAGGUGUUCUUUUAGGUAACGAUGUGACGAAGGCAAACAGUGCCAUAGCAAAGAAGUACUCCUUGCCCACACGGGCUAGAAAAGGUGUUUCUCAAAUCGAGACUAGGACCAGGACCCGCUCAGCUGACAACGAAGUUCAUGAAGCUUACGAGAACCCGGCGAUCUUUACGGAAACAAACGACGAAUCCACGAGCGUUCCUCGAAGGAAACUAUCUAUGAAUAACCGAAUGGAGAGUCCCUUUUAUACAGAACCCUCGACAACGGCUUCCUCGCCACCCCUCCCCUCUGUGAAAUCACGAUACACUAAGCCUAAGAAAGGAGAUACCCCGGAUGUGAAUGCAAAUGCAUCGCCAAUUGUCAAGGGAGAAUUGCAACGCAAAGGAAGUGUUGUUCUUGUGUCCAAGUCGCAAACCGGUGAAACCUGUUUUCAAGUGAAAACUCCGGCAGAGUUUAAGCCAAAAACAGAGAAAGAUAAAAUAAGAAAAUCCAUUGAGUAUAACGUAUAAUUUGCAGUAACCGUUUUAACAUAUGUUUCUGAUAUUUGUGUAAAGAUAUUUAAUAUAGUUUUAUGAUUUUUUUCUUAUACAAGGCGGUGUCAUAAUGUUCAGGAAUUUUUCUUAGAGGUCCUAGAGAUUUUAACCCUUUAACUCCCAUGAGUGACCAAGACAGAAUUUCUCCCCACAAUAUCAGUACAAUAUCAACCAGAUAAGUGAUGAGAAUGAAGAAAAACAUCAAUUUGGGGAUAAUUAGUCGAUCCGAUACUAAAUUCUCUUAACCAACAUUAUAAGAAUUGUAUGGUCGACAGUAAAGAGAAUUACAAAUUUGAUCUGGGAGUUAAAAAGGUUAAGGGCAAAUUGUUUCACAAGUGGAGGUUUCCCUCAUAUUAUCUCAUACCUUAUCACAAACAAUGAUGAUAAUAUUGAUACAUAAUGAAAUAAAAAUUGUGCAUCUGUGUUUCACUCUAGAGGACUAAAAAGAUUCAGCUAAAUCCAAGAUAGUUUAGAGUGCAUUUUUUUAAACAGCAGCUUAACAUUGUUUGAGUGACCCUUCUGGAAAAAUUUUUAAAAGCUUUCAGUUGACGUGAGGAGAUCAUUUUAAGUUCAUACAGUUUGUGAUUGCCAGCAGUGUCCAGAAAACAAAUAUUUUGAAUCCCAGUAUUAAAAACUGCUGUGUAGAAUUGCUUUAAUUCUUUAACUCCCAGACGUAAUUAAAAUGAAACCUCUCCCUAUAAUAUCUAUACAUUAUCCAACAAACAGGUGAUAAGAAUACUCAAACUUAUCAUGUAGAAGUUAUCUUGAUCCAACACUAAAUUCUUUGAAAGAAUUUACAAGGAAACCUGUAGCAAUGAGUGAGGAGAAUUAACAAUCAGAUCUUGGGAGUUGAAGGGUUAAAAAACCAAUUCAGUGACAUGCAUAUAGGAGGCUAUUUCUUGUAUUUAGUAAAAUUCUCUUCAACUUUUAAUUCCAAUUAACGCUUUAACUACCAUGAGUGACCAAGACAGAAUUUCUUCUUACAAUAUCAAUACCAUAUCAAGCAGACAAGUAAUGAGAAUAAAGAAAAAUAUCAGUCAGGGUAUUAUAAAUUGAUCCAAUAACGAAUUCUCCAAACUAACAUCACAAGAACUGUAGAGCAGACAGUAAGGAGAAUUACUAAUGAUAGCUUGGGAGUUAAAGGGCUAAAUUUGUUUACAUUACAAAUUCAAACUAUCAUGUUACUGUAACAUAAUCAGAGACUUAAAAAAUUAACGACAGC